AUUCACCUGAUUCACCUGUUGUCUCUCUCUCUCUCUCCCUCCUCCUUCAUUCAGGCUUCAGACUCCUCUGCAAAACCCAAUAGCGACACUACAAAACACAACCAGAGAAGAGAAACAAGCAGAUUCACACAAACCAAUUUCUAGAGAGAGAGAGAGAGAGAGGAUCAUACAAUUGAGCCGCAUAUAUACACACAUUUUUAUACACACACAUAUGUAUAUAUAAGCUGUGAAGUGGGAAGAAUGGCGUUCCAGGGAUUUGGGAAGAACUCAGGUCCAAGUGCAGCCCCCACAUCACAAAACCCUUUUCCCCACUUCCCUCGCCCUCCUUCCUCAACUCCUCCUUUCUCCGCUUCUCCCCUUCAACGAUCUCCCACGGAACUUGAAGCUCCAGAGAGAACAUAUUCGCCACCAUCACAUUUUCAAAGCAGCCGCUUUGUAAUGGGUCCUGCUUAUCCUUCUUCAGCAGUACUUAGGCCCAUUGAGUCUUCUCCUAAAGCAGGUGACACCGGGCAAAAAUCUUUCUAUAGUUAUGAUGCCCAAACUCAUCAAAGGCCUUCUGCAGUCACUUCAUUUCUUGAUUCACAAAAUUCUGGAGCUUACGUCCCUGCCAAAAUUACGUCACUUCAAGACCUGAAAAGAACCAGACCACCUCAGUUGCUGUCUACUGAUGAAGAUGGUGUGAGAAACACUAGAAGGGGCAGUACGAGGCCUUCAGAUUCGCUCUUCAAUGAUCAUAGGCAGGCUGUACCUCAGAGGCCACGACCACCUUCUUUUUUCCCAGAAAACUAUCAUUCUGUUGACAAUUUUGGUCCUUUUGUUGAAACUCAGAGAACUGCCGUAUCUCCCCCUGUAUGGGGUAACCAGGCAAAGUUGCCGAGCAAUUUUAGCAACUCAUGGACACGCCAAGACCAGCCUGCAGUCUUACCUUAUGAUUCUAGAAAAAAAUUUGCAACCAAGAAUGUGGAUGCUCAGGCCCCAAAAAGAACCAGGUCCCCACCUAUACCAUCUGCAGAUGAAGUUUCCCAGGAAAAUUCUCAUUUUAGUCGAAAUGAUUCUAAAAGACCUUCUCCAUCACCUCCUAGAUUGGGCACAAGAUCAAAUAAUCUUUCCAAAGCUCCUGAUUCCGAAACUCCUUAUAUGCCCCUGCCAUCUGCACGGAGUAUUGACGAUAAAACUGCUUCAACUAAGCCCACCAACUUUCCAGUUCCCAAAAGAACUAGAUCACCUCCUUUGCCUUCAACUGAUCAAGUCUUUCAGGGCAACUCUUCUGCUCAAGAUGACAUUGAACGAGAAAUGCAAGCCAAAGCAAAGCGAUUAGCCCGCUUCAAGGUGGAACUUAGCCAACCUGUUGAAAGCACUUCUGGCAUUGGAAACCAAAAGUUUUUUGUGAAUAAGCAUGAUCAGCCUUUGACAGAAAGGCGAAAAACGUUGGGGGAACAUUCUACGGACAUGGCUUCCGAUGGCAAUGUUCUGCCUGAUUAUGAAGGACUGGAAUCAUCUACUAUUAUAAUUGGAUUAUGUCCAGAUAUGUGUCCAGAAUCUGAAAGAGCAGAGAGAGAGAGGAAAGGGGAUCUUGAUCAAUAUGAACGCUUGGAUGGAGAUAGAAAUCAAACCAGCAAGUCCCUCGCUGUUAAGAAGUAUACUAGGACAGCAGAGAGGGAAGCAGACUUGAUAAGACCCAUGCCAAUCCUGCAGAUGACAAUUGAUUAUCUUCUGUAUUUGCUAGACCAUCCUUAUGAUGACAAGUUUCUUGGUUUAUAUAACUUCUUGUGGGAUAGGAUGAGGGCAAUUCGGAUGGAUCUGAGGAUGCAACACAUUUUUAACCUUGAUGCUAUUACCAUGUUGGAGCAAAUGAUAAGACUUCACAUAGUAGCCAUGCAUGAAUUAUGUGAAUAUACAAAAGGAGAAGGCUUUUCGGAGGGAUUUGAUGCACACCUUAACAUUGAACAGAUGAACAAAACUUCUGUUGAAUUGUUUCAAUUGUAUGACGACCACAGGAAGAAAGGAAUGCAGGUGCCAACGGAGAAAGAAUUUCGAGGUUAUUACGCGCUUCUCAAGCUGGACAAACAUCCUGGAUACAAAGUUGAACCUGCAGAGCUCUCGCUUGAUCUUUCCAAGAUGACACCGGAGAUAAGGCAAACCCCAGAAAUAUUAUUUGCCCGUGAUGUAGCAAGAGCCUGCAGAACUGGUAAUUUUAUAGCUUUCUUUCGACUUGCAAGAAAAGCGAGUUACCUCCAAGCAUGCCUAAUGCAUGCUCACUUUGCAAAGUUGCGAACCCAAGCACUUGCUUCUCUACAUUGUGGUGUACAAAAUAACCAAGGUAUCCCUGUCACACAUGUUGCCAAAUGGCUUGCAAUGGAGGAAGACAACAUAGAAAACCUGUUGGAGUAUCAUGGCUUUGUGAUAAAGGAAUUUGAAGAGCCAUAUAUGGUGAAGGAAGGGCUAUUUCUCAACAGUGAUAAUGACUAUCCAGUGAAGUGUUCGAAACUUGUUCAUAUGAAGAAGUCACGAAGGAUAGUUGAGGAUGUUUCAUCUCCUCAUACAAUAGUGUCAUUACCUGCUGAAGAAGAAAGAGAGGUCCAGUUGGUUAAGGUCUACGAGAAGGAAUCAAAACCUGUUCAAUUCAAUGGGACAGAAAGUCAUGCCCAGGUCAUUGAUGAGGAAAUGGAUGAUUAUGAAGCCGUGCCAUCCCCAAAAGAUGGAACACAAGUGAAGCCCAUGGUCAAACCAUUAGUAAUUGGUCAACAGAGUGAAGAUGUCUUUCGGAUAGAUACCAUAAGUCCCUUGGCACGGGAUUUCUCCUUGGCACAUAAUUCCCCUAAAUCUCAGCAAGCUAGAGUUGGAAGCAUGGGGAAACCAAAUUUUGAUCCCGUCUUCCGAAACUCUCUGGAGAGAAAAACACAUUCUGACACAAAAGCCGUUCCAUUGGAAAUCAUGUCGGAAAGAGUUGGCCAAGAAAAAAUUGCAAGUUUUGAAUUUGAUUCUGCUAUGGAAAAUUAUGUCCCUCAGAAAGUGUUUAUCGAAGAUUUGGAAGAUGAAGAGCAUACAUAUGAUCAAGAUGUUGAAACCGAGGAAGUUGAGCCUAGUUAUCAUGAUGAGGAAGCUGCUGAGGCAAAACUCAAACUGAUCUUCAGAUUAUGGAAGCGUCGUUCAUCAAAGAAAAGAGAGUUACGUGAACAAAGGCAGUUCUCUGCUAUGGCCGCGUUAAAUUCACUAUCGAUGGGCCCAAGAAUUCGACAGAACAUUGAUCAACCAAGCACUUCUGGUGUGUUCAACAUCAACCGUGUUAUGCAUGAAAGAUACGAAAGACAUGAAAGAUCAUGGUCAAGGCUAAAUGUUUCAGAUGUGAUAGCUGCUACACUUAAUGAAAGAAACCCGGCUGCCAAAUGUUUUUGCUGGAAAAUAAUUUUAUGCUCUCAGACAGACAAUCCAGAUGGCGACAGGCUGCAGCAAUCGAGUCAGGUUGCUCAUUUUACUGCAGGCUCCUGGUUGCAUUCUAAGCUCAUUCCUACCAGCAAAGGUGAUGAUGAUGUAAUAAUUUCAUCCCCGGGCCUGUCAAUAUGGAAGAAAUGGGUUCCCAGCCAAUCUGGUGGUGACACCACGUGCUGUUUGUCUAUCGUCAGGGAUGCAAAACUUGAUGAUACGAAUGAGAUAUUAUUAGGUGCAAAUGCAGCUCUUUUCCUUGUAUCUGGAAGCAUCUCAUUGGAGAUCCAAAAGUUUCGGCUCCAUAACCUUCUUAUGUCUUUACCUUCUGGUUCCCAGUUGCCCCUUCUAAUCGUAAUAGACUCGUAUGAAGAAAAUUCAGAUUCUUCAUCCAUCAUGGCUGAACGAUUGGGGCUCCAUGACAUUGACAAUUCACGGGUAAAUAAAAUUUCGGUUGUUUUCCUUGCGAAGAACCAGCAAUUGGAAGAGUUUGAUGGGUUUUUCAGUGAUGAGCAAUUGAGAGGGGGAUUGCAGUGGCUCGCAAGCCAAUCACCCUUACAACCUAUUGUUAGUUGUGUAAAUACGCGUGAACUGACUUUGACCCACUUGAAUUCUUCGCUGAAGGUGCUUGACGAGAUGAGCGAUUAUGAAGUAGGUCCGGACCACUGUAUAUCGGCCUUUAACGAAGCCUUGCAUCGAACAGUGGGAAAGGUUGCUGCUGCAGCUGAUGCAAAUCCUGCCUCUUGGCCUUGUUCUGAGAUUGCUUUGCUGGAGAAGACUAGCAAGGAGUAUGAAGCGGUGAAAUUAUAUCUGCCAGACAUCGGAUGGAGUUCGUCAGCAAGAAUUGAAUUGCUUAUUUGUGCUCUAAGAGACUGUCGACUUCCUUCAUUUCAUGACGACAUAUCUUGGCUCUACAGAGGUUCUAAUUUGGGUGAAGAUAUUGAAAAGCAGAAACAAAAACUUGAAGAUUGCUUGAUCAGUUACCUUACCCAGUUGAGUAAAAUGAUGGGACUAUCGCUGGCAACAAAUGAGGCACGUGUAAUGCUACAAAAGGGUGCGCGUCUUGAGCUCCAUAACUCAACCUACUAUAUCAUUCCGAAGUGGGUUAUGAUUUUCCAACGAGUUUUCAAUUGGCGCUUAAUGAGUUUAUCCAAUGGUGCAUUCUCUUCUGCUUAUAUUCUGGAGCAGCUUGACACGGAUAUUUCAAAAACAGGUCUGGACAUGUCGGGGAUUCAAGGCAUUGUAUCUUCGUCUUAUUAUUUAACUCACCCAUCUCUAGAUGAAAUGGUUGAAGUUAGCUAUGGCUCUUUUGCAUCGAGCAUGGGUCAUACAGAAGACAAGGCUUUCCAGCCUCCAUCGGCAAUGGUUUCUAAUGGUAGUACUGUACAAGCUACCAAUGCAGCCCAAAAUGGUAACUUGUCUGAGACAAACAAUGACAAUUAUAUAGAGCAUGGAUCAACUGAAACUAGCAGCAGGUUAGUGGUGGCCACGAGAGAAGCUGACAAACUGAGCAAGUUGUUGGAGCAGUGUAAUAUGUUGCAGGACAGGAUUGAUAACAAACUAUCGAUUUAUUUUUAAUGAGGUUGACUUUGGAAAGGCUACCAAGGACAGAGUGAAGAAUGAAAAACAUCUGCUAACGCCCAUGGGAGAAGAUAUUUUUUAGUUCAACAACGAAUAUCUUGAAUUUACAAGAAAUUUUUCCCCCUGGAUUCAGAUCCUGAAUGCCAUAACUUGGUGAAGGCGAUUCACAAGAGAAUCGUGCACAAUUCCGUAUAGGCAUGAAGUUUUGUAUAAUUAUGUAUUUUUGCCAAGGAGUUUUAUCCUUUUAAUGAGCUUUGUAAUUUGUUGGAGAUGUUACUUUGCAGAAUGAGGAAAUAUAAGAUCUUUACAUGUUUAUUGCC